ACCUGUUGAGUGACACAGUAGUGAAGGCAGGGUGUUGGCGCACAGUGUGGAGAAAAAGUCGCUGCUCUGACUCACAUAUCCGUCUGCCUGAGAGAAAUUUCCUCGUUUUUGUCGCUGCUAUCUCCAACUUGUCAGAGGUAAACAGCCUCAAGCCUGAAGAUGUCAAAGAUCUGUGCUUUGGUGUUGAUGACACUUGUGUCACUGGUGUCUGCAGAGGAACAGAACUCGGAAGAUAACCCAUUUACUUUUGACUACCACAGACUGCGUGUUGGAGGCUUGAUUCUAGCUGCUGUCCUCUGUCUCAUUGGCAUCACCAUCCUGCUCAGUGGCCACUGCAGAUGCAAGUUCAACCAGGACAAGAGAAGGAGGACAGGAAGCAAUGCUCAGCAGAUGCUCUCCGACCAAGGUCGUGCCUGCGACUGCUAGAGGUCACUAGAACACACACUGACUUCCGUGCAACCAACAGAUAACUUAGAGGAGGAGCAGCAGGAUUUGUGACACCCAAUGAGAGGCUUUUGUUUUUUGUUUUGUUUUUUAUUUAGAGAGAUCAACAGGAAGUAGUUUGUUUAUAGCUGCUGUGAGUUGUGAUGCUUUCUGCCUGAUAACUGCGCUACUGUCCUGCAGCCUGCACCUCAACACAAACACACACACUCAGACAUACAUACCAUUGUACACACAGUUUUUGUCACUUUCAUCUUUAAGUGGCUUCAUGUAACGGUAACACAAACUUAUUACCAAAAAAUACUUUAAGUGUCCACAUACUUUAGGUUGUGUCGGUGUCUCACACUACUGUUAUACUGUCUGUACUGUAUGUGUAAGGUAAACACUGAUGUAGAUAUUAGUUGUUUACUGUGACCAACCUAACCCGCUGUCAUGUCAAAUGUAUGAAAUCCACAUAGUCUUGAGUGUUUAGAAUGCUGUUGAUUAUUCAUGAUAAUCUGUCAAUUCUCAUGUGUAGCUUUAUGGAGGAGUGUAGUGGAUUGCACUGUUCAUAGAUACAGAAAGAGUCUGUCAUGUUUCUAUAAAAGAACUGUUGAAACUAAAAUGA